UGCAAUAAUGAAAAAACUAGGAAAAAAACGAAAAUUACAAUCGAAACCAAAAUUAUAUUUAAUAAGAUGAUGCAAGAACGAAACGGUACAAUUUCCAGCUGUUUUUCGUGUACAAGAGUGAAUGAAAUGGAUUGGUUUCAAUUCACUUCAAGUUGUUUAUUUUUUUUACUUAUUUAGAAUUGUUUUGAAGUAAGAACAUCGUACGCAUUCCCAUUAAUUUUAAAAAUUACUAUUUCUUUCGUUUAAUUCUAUGUGAAUAGCCAUUCAAAUAUUCACUUGGCAGAUUAUUUUGUUUUCGGUUUCUUGUACAAAAUUUCUUAGAAUAGUGUUUGCAAAAAUUUCGAAAUUCAUUCGUGUAAACAAUAAGGAAUGUCAAAAAAUAAACCCCAUUUCAAAAUAAAACUAUUGGCCGGAAAUAACGUGGUUUUAGUCGAAGCUCCUGGUUAUGAAUCUGAAAUUUUCGUGCCCCAAACGCAUAAAGGACGAAUCGCUUUCGUUAAUGUCAUACCGAACCGGCGGUGCUCUCUUAAAUCAGAUAGAAGUUCGCCAUCAAAUGAGAAUACAUUUUGCGGGCAAUCAGCAGCCCUAAAUACGUUAACAAAAAGAGUUCUUGGCUGUGAUUCAAAUGGUCGCGUAAUGCGUACUUAUGGUGGGUACGAUAAAUAUUCACCUUUUGGUAAAGGAUCUCUAAAGGAACGGCAAUACGGCGAUAGUUCUUCAACAAAACACCAAACAUCCAGCAAUCUGCAAACACCGCAAAGUUUAAGAUCAUCUGCACCGGCAAAAAAUUACAGCAGGGUCGAUAGUAAUUUAUCACGCAAUUGUCGUUUUUCGGCCCCAUCUCCGCAAGUUAGUCCAUUAUUUUCAACGUUACAAUCAUCUGCAGGCGGAGAUGCAACCUUGUGGUCCCGCACCAAAAGCAAAGCAAAAGACAAAUUGGCUCGUAAAUUAGCUUAUAACGAAGAAACGAUCACGCCUACAAAAUGGCGCAAGUGCCUUACACCUAUACGCACAUAUGGCCGCAGUAGUGUGGCGCUAUGUAAGAAACGAUCUCCUACAAAGAUAGGGCGUUCAAAAGUUGAACCAACUCAGGGAAAGAAAGCUACUUGCUCUAUAGAUGUACGCAAGCGUAAAUUACUUAUAGAUCCUAAAACUACUAUAUCACCUCAGUCUUUUAAAUUACAACUACAAAAGCACGAUCCUUCAGAUGAAAUCAAAGAUGAUAUAUAUGCGACACCGCAUUUCUGUUUAUCAAAGGAUCCAAAGACUGCCUUUGAUUUGUUAACAAGCCCCGCGCGCCAUGUAUCUUCAAAACUGAAAAAACAGUUUCGCAACGCGUGCAUAAACAAAGCCGCAGGCACCCAACGCAAAUAUAAAGAACUGUGCAAUGUGCCGCCAUUACAACCUUACGGGAUUUCCGAGCUGACAACUUGCCAACGCGACGCCGGAACAUCAGAAGGCCAAAAGAGAAAAAAAAUAAGAUCGAUAAAAACAUUGAUGCAAGAAAUGCAAAAUUCCAACAUUCGAACAUGAAAAAGAUAAAAGAAAGCAAAUUCCU